AUGGUCUUUGCUCGCCAUUCUCUUCGCGGCGCCGUUACGGCUGCCCAGACAUUUCGCGCGGUCCCUGUUGCCCGGCGAUCGGGACAGCUGCUGGGUCGUCGAUUUUACUCCAGUGGGAAGGGAUAUGAGGAGCACUCGACCAGUGAUAUGCCUUGGUUGAUCGGCUCCGUUGGAGUUACAGUUCCCAUGGUCUACUACCUGCUUCAAUCUGGCCCGGAAAAGAAUCUUCAUGAUCAUGGUCACGAUCACGAUGAGCACGGCGAUGAGCACAAGGAAGAGCAUGCCGGCGAGACUGCUCCAGAUUCGGAAGAUGCUUCUGCUGAAGCUGCUCCCGCCGAAAAGGAAGACAAGCUUGCCGAAGAGUCCUCAGGGCAGCCCAAGGAAGAACCCAAGGGGUCUAAGGAAGAGCCUAAGGAAGAGCCCAAGGAAGAGCCCGCGCAAAAGGACUCUGAGGAGCCUAAGCAGAACGCUGCGGAAGAUUCCAAGGAAGAGUCAUCUAACUCUGAGAAGGAGUCUGCUCCCAAGGGGACUGGCGACAAGCAGGAAAAUCAAUCCAAAGACCAACCGGCGGAUGAGUCGAGCAAGAACGACAAGAGCGAGGGAGAGUCUGAGUCCGCAAAGUCUGAGAAGUCACAGGAGUAA